AUGUUUCGCGCCCGCCGCUACCGCGUCCUGAUCGUCUUCGCCGCGGUCCUCGUCCUGCUCGUCCUCCAUUUCGCCCGAUCGCGCGAUUGGAGCCAGGCUGUGCUGAUCGAGAACCCUACCGGGGACCAUUCAUCCGACCCGGCGGUUCCGAAUCAGAAUCUGCCCGCCCCAGAAGCCCCGGCUGCGCAAGAUGGCAACAAGUACGCGCCUCCAUCCCUGCCAAAUAGCAAUUAUCCUGGAUACCCGCCAUCCAACGAGUUCAAAUCGCCCGUGGGACCGGGUAGUGCAAAGGGAGAUAAGAAUAAGGGGAUUGGAUCAGAGUAUGGAGCUGGCUCAGAAACCGGAUCUAGUUCCUCCAGCAAUGCGCCGCCAACGUACCCAAGCACCGACAGCUCGGACGAUCUGAAGGAGAAGAAACCCGGAAGCAGCGGCAAGCUGCUGCCCGCGAUCCCACAAACCGGAUCGUCGGUCACAGGCGAUGCGUCUGAUACCCUUCCUGAGGAAAUAGACCACGGCGGUACAGGCAGAUUGUCGGUCCAGCAACACCCCAAUGGCCCCGCCGCGCACUGGACAACGCCCCCCGAGCGGUUCCCCGUUGCAGUGGGGGAAUUGAUCAAGCUGCCAAAAGAGGCUUCAAAGGCUAUACCGAAGCUGCAGGCCAAGGCCAAGGAUGAGACAAGCGCCGACAAGCAGGAGCGCCUGCAGCGACUGAGCACCAUCAAAGCUGAAUUCAAGCACGCAUGGGCAGGAUAUAAGAAAGCUGCGAUGGGACACGACGAGGUUAAGCCCCUCUCUGAGAGUUUCGAGGACCCUUUUAAUGGCUGGGGUGCGACGUUGGUUGAUUCCUUGGAUACCUUGUGGAUCAUGGACAUGAAGGAUGAGUUCUCGGAGGCUGUGGAUGCGGUCAGGAAAAUCAAUUUCACUACUUCACCCCGGGAGGAUAUUCCUAUAUUUGAAACCGUGAUCCGCUAUCUGGGAGGCCUGCUCGGUGCCUAUGACAUUUCUGGACAAAAAUACGGGAUCUUGUUGGAGAAGGCUGAAGAGUUGGCUGGGGUUCUGAUUGGUGCUUUCGACACGCCGAACCGUAUGCCUGUGCUAUACUACCGUUGGACACCUGACCACACUAUCCGCCCCCACCGGGCAUCGGCAAAGGCUACCUUGGCCGAAAUUGGAUCACUCUCCUUGGAGUUCACCCGCUUGGCCCAAUUGACGAAGGAGGACAAGUACUACGACGCAAUUGCCCGAGUCACAAACAGAUUGGAAGAAUUCCAGGAUUCGACCAACAUUCCUGGCCUGUGGCCAGUGCGGGUGAACGCGCAGGGUUGUGCCAAAUAUAGGCCUAGCCGGGACAGUACCACACCUACGGACGACGACGCUGAGGGGUUCGUCUCAAGUAUCAAUUCGUCUUCGGCUAUGGUUACGUCUACGCGCAUCCGCAAGCCAUAUGUUGCACCAACUGAUCUGGAGAGUUACGUUCACUUGACUGAGCGUAGCACCGAUAUCGAUCUCUCGGCAGCAGAGCUUGCGCCUUACAUUAGCGGUGCUAGCAAGCUUGACGGCGAGGAGUCAACAUCCGUCACAGAGAAGUGUGACGGUGGCUUAGAGCUUCCGCUCUCACUCCGUGAUAACAGGUACGGCAUGGGCGGAUUAGCCGACUCCACCUACGAGUAUCUGCCGAAGGAGUACCUGAUGCUGGGUGGCGUGAACGACCAGUACAAGAAGAUGUACAAGAAAGCGAUGGAUGCAGCUCGCAAGAAUCUACUUUUCACACCUAUGGUGAAGGGCGAGCGCGACCUGCGCUUCAUGGCGUCUACGGGCCCCCUCGAUCCCACGAAGAAAGGCACCCUUUCCCCCGCCGAUCUCGAGUACGAAAGUACCCACCUCAGCUGUUUCCUCGGUGGUAUGGUUGCCAUGGGCGCGAAGGCAUUUAGCCUCGACGGCGACCUGGACCUUGCCGCUAAGCUGACUGACGGUUGCGUUUGGGCAUACGAGUCGACCAACACGGGCAUCAUGCCCGAGCGAUUCCGUCUAUUGCCAUGUAGCAAGGACAAGUCCUGCGAGUGGGACGAGAAGCUCUACCAGGCAGACGUCAAGCGCUACUCGCACGUCAUGGACUCCGAGGCCGAAGCGCGCUUCCGCACUGGCGAGAGUGCCUACGGCCAGCGGGUGAAGAUGAGCGGCGAUGUCAAGUCGCAAGAGCCCAGCGAAAGCGGCGUCGCUGUGCCUCUCCCCAUGCCGGGCUCAACGAACCCGCGCGACAAGGAACCCAUAUACAACAAGCGCGACGCCGUUGCAGUUGAACGAGGCGCAACCCCAAUUUCCAACCCAACCCCCAUCUCCCGGCCCGUUAGCAUCGACAACAUCGCGAACCGCGAGGCGCCCCGUCCGGCAUUCGUGGCACAGUCUGAGGGCAACGAGAUCAAUGACCGCCUACCCCCGGGUAUGACCAGCAUCUCGGCGCCAGAGUACUUCCUCCGGCCCGAAGCCAUCGAGUCUGUUUUCAUUAUGUUCCGGCUUACCGGCGACGAGGCCUGGCGGCGCAAGGGGUGGAAGAUGUUCGAGGCGAUCACCAAGCAUACGCGGACGAACCUGGCGCACGCGGGCAUUAAGGAUGUCACGGCGCCAAAGCCCGCGCAGAAGGACGCGAUGGAGUCGUUCUGGACGGCAGAGACGCUGAAGUACUUCUACCUGCUCUUCAGCGAUCCUAGCCUGGUGGAUCUGGAUAAAUAUGUGCUGUAA